CAACUGAGAGAUAAAGGCCUUGCUCAGGGACACAGAAGUAGCAACCUGGUGUUGGGGCUUGAACUGGCAACCUACUGAGCUAGCACUGCCCCCCUCAAUAUGGUUUAGUUAGGAAGUUUGUAUGCUUGCCUUAAGAGUAUUGUCCAAUGCUAUUUUGAAUUAGUUAUCACCAGUAUUUACCAAAUGCAGCUGAAAUCAAUUCAAACACCUGUUCCCAAAGCAGGGGGAAAAGGAGUCUUGAUGUUGACUCCCAUCUGGGUAUGAUCACAGGACAACAUAGCCCCAGUUUUUACAUUUAGAAGAUGAUCAUCAUCGAGAAUGUUGGUUCAGAUGAACCAGACCCUCCCCACCGUAGACGGUUGCUCCAAACCGCUCUCUGGGCCGUUCUGCUGGUGCUCCUAGUACUCAUCUAUGGCUCUCAUGCUCCCCUCAUCGCCCUCACUAAAGCAGGUGGCCACGUUCCAUUCAGCCCCUCCUCCUGCGUUGUCCUGAUCGAGUUCAUCAAGUUGCUUCUCUCUCUGUGCACUGUGCUGGCCACGGGAAACGUCCGUGCGCUCUGGGCCUCGGUGUCCUGGAUGGCAGCAGCCCCGUACGCCAUGCCAGCACUCUUCUACGCCUUCAACAACAACCUGGUGGUGGUUAUGCAGGCCUACAUGGACCCCAGUUCCUUCCAAGUGCUUAGCAACCUGAAGAUCGCCUCCACCGCCCUGCUCUACACCUCUUGCCUGGGUAGGAGACUGAGGCCCACACAGUGGCUGGCCUUGGGCUUUCUCAUGGGGGCUGGGGUGUGCCACAGCUACAGCAGCCUGGAUCCAGAGGACCAGGAUGGGGAGGGGGAACGUGAGGUUCACAUUACCACUUGGGGCCUGCUGAUGGUACUCGCAUACUGCAUCGUGUCAGGGCUGGCUGCAGUCUACACCGAGAGAGUCCUGAAAACCCAGCAUCUGCCGCUGAGCCUGCAGAACUCCUUCCUGUACACGUUUGGCGUGGGGAUAAAUUUGGCUUCCAAUGUCUACAGCAGCAGCGGAGAGCGCGCGUUCCUGGAAGGCUAUUCUGCAGCGGUGUGGGUCAUUGUAGCCGGACAGGCAGCCAAUGGCCUACUGAUGUCCGUGGUCAUGAAACACGGAAGUGGAAUCACACGUCUCUUUGUCAUCUCCUCUGCCAUGCUGGUCAACAGUGUUCUGUCCUGGGGGCUCCUGGGGUUGCGGCUCACCCCCUUCUUCCUUUUGCCUGUGCUGAUGAUUGGCGUGGCUGUGCACCUGUAUUACAGGUAAUGGAUCUGAAGGUAGAGCCAAAAUGAUGCCACUUGAGUCAGCGUAGCCUGUAAGAUUUCUUCCUGAAAUCUUGUUUCUUUAUUCUUUGACUAUUACUUCCUAUAUGGGUAAAGGUUUAAAAGAAAUAAUCAAAAACAAACUGCAUUUUUAAUAUAUUUUUAUUAUUGUUUCAAAAUGUUUAAUAAAUGAAUGUUUAAAAUUCUCAUGUUCUUCAUUUAUGUAUUUUUGCUUUAAUUUCAAGUCAAAAUGAAUUUAAUUUCUUGAAUGUUCAUCUCAUUUUUGCAAUCAUGCUAAACAAUGCAAAAUGGUACAUAGUGCAGAUUGAAAGUAUUUAUGAAUGAAAUGUGCAAAUAAAUAUAAACAUUUAUCGUG